AUGGCCUCGCCCUAUUCUCCGUACGACCAUGCCCGUCGCUCGCGUACACGCUCAUCCUGCACCUUCCCUCCACGCGCCCCCUCUCCGACCCUCAGCUCUGUCUCUGCCCAGACAUCCACCGGCUCUGGCUCACGCGGAGAGUCCAGCCGGGAGCCCGCUCUGCGUCCCAAGGAAAAACACCACAAGCAUCGCCUUCGCGAUAUCGAUCGCAAGAACAUCUGCCUCCAUCACCUCCAGAACCCCAACGCCCGCCAGGAGGACAUCGGCGCCGUCUUUGGCGUCGAACGCAGUACCAUUAGCAAGAUCCUCAAGGAGAAGGAGAAAUGGCUCAACAUCUCAGAGGAGGAGGAGAAAGAUGAAAACAGUGCCAAGCACAGGCCCUCCAAGUUCCCUGAAGUCGAGGAGGAGAUGCUCAAAUCCCUGCAAGCAUGGUCCGACCGCGGCACGAGCAUCACCGACCAGCUCAUCCGCUCGCGCGCCCUCGAGAUCGCCAAAUCUUUCCAGAUCCCCCCGGAGAAGUUCAAAGGCUCCUCGGGCUGGAUCGAGAACUUCAAGCACCGGCACGACAUCAAGCGCGGCGAGUGGGCCAAGGCCGUCAAGCACGCAGGCUACCCCGUUGGCGGCACGGUUGGCGCGAGCGUCAACACCCAGCCGCCCCCCGCGGGCAUCCCGCCCACCCCCGUGCUCACGCCGUACGACCAUCAGCGCCUGGACGGUGGUAGUGGUGCGGAGCAGCAGUAUAAGAGUGUCGAUGGGAGUGGGAGGCUGGUCUCGCAGUGGUCGUCGGACGCGGGCAACGGCGCCUCGCAUCCGGCGCAUGGCGUGCAGGGCAUGCCCCUCGACCCGGCCCUGCACCCCAGCCCUUCUCACUCGCUCUCGUCAAUAGACUCUUCCUCCUCCCACCACUCCCACAUGGACCACUCUCCCUCCCACUCCCACCUCCAUUCUCAACACCCCGCGCACUCGCAGCACGAACACGUGCUGGACCACCAACACUCGCAAUCCCAGCAGGACCUUUCAUACUACCCGCAGCAACAGCACUCGGUGUACGCGCCCCCGCCGAACCCGCGCCCCUCGCUCGCUGAAGCAGAGGAGGCGAUCAACGUCCUCAUCGCGUAUCUCGACACGUCCGGGCAGACGUACAUCAAGCUGCACGAACGCAAGAUCCUCACCGACAUCAAGUGCGCCAUGUUCAACCACGCGAGCGGGCUCCCGUAUGAGCGUCCGCCUUAA